AUUAAGGACGUCAUCGGACUCUUAAAAAAUAAUUACAAAAUCCAGAAACAUCUCUCGCGCUACCUUCCUUAUUCCCUAAGGACUUCCCAAAACCCAAAACCCAAAAACCAAAAAACUAUUAAACACAACAUAAUUUCAAUAAAUCUAGCAUCCUUUUUUUUUUCUUUCUAUUUAUUCUCUUCAAGCAAAAGAAACAGAAAGUUUCCUGCUUUAUUAAUUAUUACGCAGAAAACCCUAACAUCAUCAAUGAGGGGUUCAUCAGAAACCAAGUUUUUGCAAGAGCUACUGCUAUACGCAGCAAGUGCUGCUUUGAGUUGUUUGGUAUUGUUUGCUGGGCUCCGACAACUUGACCCGAAUCGUGAAGCAUCAAAGAAAGCCCUUGAACAUAAGAAGGAAAUCGCUAAGCGUUUGGGUCGUCCUCUUAUCCAAACAAACCCUUAUGAGGAUGUAAUAGCAUGUGAUGUUAUAAAUCCUGAUCACAUAGAUGUGGAAUUUGGGUCAAUUGGAGGACUGGAAGCUAUCAAGCAAGCUUUGUAUGAACUGGUGAUACUUCCUCUGCGGAGACCCGAACUCUUUUCACAUGGGAAACUUCUUGGUCCACAAAAGGGGGUAUUGUUAUAUGGACCACCAGGCACUGGAAAGACCAUGCUUGCCAAAGCUAUUGCAAGAGAGUCUGGAGCUGUUUUCAUAAAUGUGAGGAUCUCUAAUUUAAUGAGCAAAUGGUUUGGUGAUGCACAAAAGCUCGUUGCUGCUGUUUUUAGCCUGGCUUAUAAACUCCAGCCUGCUAUUAUAUUUAUUGACGAGGUCGACAGUUUUCUGGGCCAGCGUCGUACUACAGAUCAUGAGGCAUUAACCAAUAUGAAGACUGAGUUCAUGGCAUUAUGGGAUGGGUUUACUACAGAUCAGAAUGCACAAGUGAUGGUACUUGCCGCAACCAACCGUCCUUCAGAACUUGAUGAAGCAAUCCUCCGGCGUCUUCCUCAGGCCUUUGAGAUUGGGAUGCCUGAUCAAAGAGAGAGGGCUGAGAUCCUGAAGGUUGUUUUGAAAGGGGAGAAGAUUGAAAACAGCAUUGACUUCAACUACAUAGCAAGUUUGUGUGAGGGCUACACUGGUUCGGAUCUUCUUGAACUUUGCAAGAAAGCAGCUUACUUUCCUAUUAGGGAAAUAUUGGAUGAGGAGAAGAAGGGGAAAAAAUCUUGUGCACCAAGGCCAUUGUCCCAGGCAGACUUGCAGAGAGUUCUUGCCACAUCAACUAAGACUGGGGUUGCUGCAAAUGAGUACAGUAGGUCAAGCUCACAAUCACCUGGGUGGCCAAGGCAGUCAGAUGAUUAUCAGGUUCAGGCCACAAUUAAUGAGCUCUCUAAGCUCAUGGUUUCUCAAAUCUUGAAUCUCCAGCCCCCGGAUAACCAGGACACUUGAAAUAUUCAUCUCUCUUGCUUGGAGCAAUCUGGUUUUUUAAAAUUAUCAGGCGAAGAGAAAUUGUAUCUUAACUUAUUUUAAUGUUUCUCCAAUGAAAUAUUCUACAUUUAAUAUGUUGUUUCUAUGCAACUGACCGCCAAAGCUAUUGAUUUUAAGCCACUCGACAUAUGUUUUAUUGUCAGAAUUACAGAUUGUGUUUUGGCAUAGAGCUCUUGACAUGGUUUCAAUA